UCCCGUCACCGUCUCCUCACACACGCGCCGCAGCUCCCACUGACACACGCUCAGACGUGACGCCAGCUGAGUGAGCCAAGCACUCCUGAUGACAUUUAUUUAUUCGUCUGUUCCCUCCGUCAGAGCCGUGCAGCCUCCACUCACACCACGUCUCCUCUUCAGUUGAUUUUUAUUCUUUUUUUUUCUUCCUUAUUUAGAUCUGACUGUUUUCCUCUGAAGUAGGCUGCAUGUGCAAAACGAGCAGGCAGGGAAGGUGUUACACAUCUGGAUCAUACCAACACAUCGGGUCGUGCAGCUCGGGGGCCACCACAGACAUGAGGAUCUCUCAUUCCGCUGCGCAUAAAUGAUGAAUACACUACGGGACUGCUGCCACUCUUGAUCUUUGCAUAAACCCAGAUGCCUCCCCUCCCUCUUGACGAGCGCAUAGUGGUUAUUCAGCGCCCUAAAAACCUAGCCCUAUGUGAGGCUUCCCCACAAACCAUCCCGCAGCACUCGUCUCAAAUUACAGCCUCCUCCAAUGGACAAGUCGCCCAGCCUCCUCAUCUCCAUCCUUCUCAGUCUCAUUUUUACUCACCCGCCUGUAAAUCUCUGACUCUGGAAUGCAAGCGGAGGGCCUCCCGUGUGCAGAAAUUCAAGGGCGACCAGCCUGCCAACCCAGCGGGUGUCAGACACAUCCCUAGCCACUGCCACAGCAAUGGCACUGUAACUCUCGGCCCACGCCUGCCCUCCCACACACAUACUAUUGAUAUCAGGGUGACAGUGGACAAAGGAGGACGAGGAGGAGGAUUCAGCAAUUCAUUAGGGCGCAGUGGCAGUGUAAGAGGUGGCAGAGGGAGAUGUGUCUCAUCACAGUUAGAUCAAGGACAAUGUGAGAGAAAAAACGCAAGUGCAGGGCGGCCAGGUGGAGCCGAACACAAGUCACAACGAGUUCGUCAGCUGUCAUCUUCCCCUGGAGGGGUCCUGCAGUUUGUCCCCGCUCAGGCACAGCAGCAUAAGUUCAGGGGUGAAAAAGAGAAGGAAAACACGAGUUUUCUCAACAGAAGUGACCAGGAAUUUCCCUCCUUAGGUCACAGGAAGAAUUCCAAACUGGGAACUGUCCAUCAGAGUCAUAAUAGUCACGGUCAGCCCUACCACCACAACUCUGUCCCCGUGCCCCAUGCUGCCAUCCUAAACUCCAACUACCCCCCAUCCCCUCCCUCCCAACCCGCCCAUGUCCCAGUCUCCUUUCAGCAGCUCAGCCAGCCUCACCCGCCUCGUUCCAGGGAUCACCGCCCUCAUAUUCUUCAUGGUUUACCCCUCUCCCCCUGCUCCUCCCAUGCUGGAGGCUUCCCCAGCCCCGACCACACCUGCACCAUCGAUUGCACCCACCCAUUCAGCUGCGGCUGCUGGAGGUUGGUAAGAUGCAGAGGGUGUAAAGGACACUCUGCCAGCUUCCAAGGGGGUGGAGGAAGCACUUCCACCUCAUUUUCGUGCGGUCACAAUGUUGGAGCAGUAAAGAGAGGCGGUAAAGAAAUGGGCCUGAGAAAUCUGGGUGGGUGUCUUUCCACCGCCUCCACCUCCAACACCUCCUCCUCCAACAGUACUGCGUCUGACUGCCGAGCAAGUCUGUUCAAACCCCUCCGCUGUGCCUCCUGCUCUGGCGAGGCCGGAAACUUCGAAAGUCCUGCUAUCCUCCGCAAAAAGCUGGUAGGAGGAUGCCUGCCCUGUACCCCGCUGUCCUCUUCUGCCCCUCUGAGGGCCAUACAGAGCUGCGUUACGGGCUGCAACCCCAAAGCCUCCCAGACGGGCAGUUCCACCUGCAGCUACUGCAGCAGCGACCCCAUAGUAGUGACGUUCAACCCUCGCCGAGGCAAACCCCCCGGAAGAAGCACUGGAGCUGCUCAUCCAAUGGCCAUGUUCCAAGGCGAUGAUGAUGACUACAGCGUCCGUACCAUCUGGCCUGAAGAACUGGCCAAGAAGAUGACCCAUUCUAAGGCCCAGAAGAAUCACUGUGCUGGGAUGGGAGUGGGCGUUGGGAAGGCCUGUGCUAGCCAGGCCCAGAACAGCAGUAAUGGAACAGGCCUCGUCCUCUUGGACUGUCAGAACCUCCAGGAGUACACACAGACUCCGCAUACAGACCGUGCUGGUCGGCGACGCCUUCAGCAGGGAAAAAUGGCCUCCUUCGAUUUCAUGGGCUGCAGGUCUAGAUCCGAGUACGAUGACGGGCGCAACUCACUGAAAAGGCUCCUGAAUAAAGCAGAAGAUGCAGGAAUGAGCGAUGGCCCCGAGCAAGACGAAGACAUAGCAUAUCCCCGCUCCCCCUCUCCCCGCUCUGCAUCCCCUCCAUCACCUGUGUCCUUCUCCCCUCCACCAUCCGCCCCAAGCACCCUCAUCAAACCCAAACCCUGGCAGAGAGAAAGGGAAGGAGGACACUCUCUGCCAUCGGCUCACUCUCUUCACCUGGCCCUGAACUCCCUGAACAGAGAGCAAGAUGAGGAGAACAGCAGAAUGCACCUCUCCCUGCCGCUGUCCUCCUCGUUGCCGGCGUCUCUGUCUGAUGAGAGUGUGAUGACUCCUGAUGCGGAGAAUGCUGUGGUCAGUCCAAUCCUGCCUUUCCUGUAUCUGGGGAAUGAGAGAGACGCCCAGGACCUGGACCUGCUGCUGCGCCUCAACAUCGGCUACGUGGUCAAUGUGACCACCCACCUGCCCCUCUACCACGUCAACUCUGGACUGCGCUACAAAAGGCUCCCAGCCACCGACAACAGCAAGCAAAACCUUCGACAAUACUUUGAGGAGGUUUUUGAGUUCAUCGAGGAGGCAUAUCAGAGUGGACAGGGAGUGUUGGUACACUGCCAGGCAGGCGUGUCUCGUUCUGCUACCAUCGUCAUUGCCUACCUUAUGAAGCACACCCUCAUGACAAUGACAGAUGCCUACAAGUACGUGCGGAGCCGGCGACCCGUCGUGUCCCCGAAUCUAAACUUCAUGGGCCAACUUCUGGAGUUUGAGAGGGACCUCAACUCCGGGGUGACUCCUCGCAUCCUGAUGCCUAAACUGAACGGUGUGGAGACGCAGGUGUGAGCAAGGUCAGGAGAGUGUUGAGUCCCUGUGUGUGAAGAAGAGAGAAACAUAAUGAGCAUGAAAGAAAGAGUGCAGCACAUUUUAGAAGAGAGACACGGUGAGUGAUAUUACAACUGGAAAAUGCUGGUGAGUUAGUGCACUUUUAAUACUGUGAAACACGAGACAAAAGACUGGAUGGUUCAUUUGUUUAAGUAGCAACAACUUGAUCCUCAUCCAGUGUACUCUUUAUAAGAUAAUGUGCCAAUAUUUUGUAUAGAUCGAACAUCACUCAGAUAUCUCUUGUUUUUUUUUCUGAUACCUCUUCCUUUCUGUUCCUGUUGUUUACAUUCACAGCCACAUACAGAAGUACAGUGACUUUUAGUCCAAGAAUCAUAAAUGCAUGCAAAAAUGAAAACUCCACCUUUCAGCCACAACAAAGUUCUGAUGUUUCCGCCACAUGUAGCAACACACUGGCCAUUACAAUGCACUUUACUUCCCAUGUAAUUAUUCUUUUUUUUUAUUAUCAAUAACUCAGUUGUCACAAAGAUGAGAAGAAUUUGUCACAUAGACCUCAGUUCCUGCUUUACUGUUAACAAUAACAUGCUCGUGGGUUAUUUUCUGAUUUGAGAACUGUGCAAUAGAGCAGCAUGGACCUAGCAUUGAAACUUAUCACAGAAGGAACAAACAGCUCAUUAAAAUUGUUACAGUGGUUUUAUUUCAGUGUAGUCCUGUACGUUAGCAAAGGAAACGUAUUGCAGAGUUAUUGGAGUAUCAAUAUGAUGCAAGAAAAUGUGUCAUUAACAUAUUAAUGUGGACAAAAAAAAUCACCUAAAUAUGCAGGUUAAUACACUGAAAUAAGCUCAUUAUAAAAGCAUUUGCGCAACAUUGUUAGAUUUCAAGUAUAUUUGACCCCAGGUGUAGGUUGGCAGGUUUUGUCCUGCUGUUCAAAUGUGCUUUAAACAACAGACCUUCUCCAACUGUGCACUGUUUGUUUAAUUCAUACAACAGAUGUAUUGUUUUUGUUCAUUUCUUUUUUUAUUAUGUAAAAAAGCUGGUUUGAUGUUUAGCAUGAAACAGUCCUGUGAUGGCGCAUGGGCUGGUAUUUGUUACAUUUUUAAAGAGCACAUGGUACUUUGAUUUAACGUUAAUCUGCCUGUUCGGGGACUCUAAGCAAAUUAGUUUUGUGUUUUUAAAGAAAACUGUGUGAAACUUCAUGUUUUUAUUGUGUAACUGUUUAUUUCUGACCUUGACUGGCCUUUGGCAGUUUAUAAGUGGUAUUUCUCAAGUGGAACCACAUUUCCAGAAUGGGACUAAUUUGGAUUUUUUUGUCAUGAAUACUCUCAAAGCCAAAUCUACGUUGUAUUUAAUUAUUUUCAUACCUUUGUGAAGGAGUCAAAUGAGUCAGAAACAUCGCCGUUUUCUUUAGAGCUGGUGAUGUAUUAGGUAAUAUUGUUUUUUUUGCUCCCCGUCUUCUUUUGCCUUAUUGACCAUACUGAACUUCUCAACUGUGUCCCUCAUGACUAUGCAUUACCUUUAUUAUGAAGGCUUUGGUUUGAUUACAGAAGGCUACUUGAUUCACUGUGAACCCUUUGCCUGCAUUGUUAAGGUUUAAUCCUGAGCUAAGCCUAUUUAUCACACUUCAAAUUACAGCCCCUGCUCAGUCAAGCUGCACUCUGAAUCUUCAAGGUUGGAUUUAGUAAAAAAAAAAAAGAACUAUAAGUGGACACUGGAAGCUAUGAGGCAAAGUGUCCUGCCUUUAAGGAGCCCAUAUUAUGCAUAUUUUGAGGUUCAUCGCUAUUGUUGGGAUCUACUGGAGUAUAUUUACAUGCUUUCAUGCUUUCUGAUUGGUCUAUUGGCCCAACAAAGUGAGGCAAUUUUGGGGCCAAAACAGCUGCUAGACAGGUGUUGUACAAAUGUGUUACAUGGUGAUGUAGAUAAGUAACAGAAGCAAAGCAUGGGCUUUAAAUGAGGUGUUUCUGGGAGGUAAGGAGCACAGUUUCCUGUUAGUGUGGAUGUUGAGUUUUGUAAGUUUGCAGAACUUUUGCAUUCAUAACAAAGUUACAACACGCUACAUGAAAGGGAAGAACUUAAAAAGCACAAUAUGGCCUCUUUAAAGCAUCUUUUUAUUAAAAAAUAAUUUUAUUUCUCCAAAAGUGAUAAUAGAUCAGUUAUAAUCUACUAAUUCAGUGCAGAUUGCCUUAUGUGAUAUGCAGUGUUCUCAUAAUUUUGGGGCUAUAAAUGGUGUGAAAGAAGGAGGAAAAAAUGCAGUUGAUUCAGCUCUGACUUUCAACCUGAUUAAAACUGAUUAGAGCUGCUGUUUCCAAUCUGCUAGAUAAGGAUAGUCUUAUUUUGCACAUUUUCUAAACUGAUGCCAUACACAUUUUAUGAAAACUUUCAAGCAACAGUAGAUAAGGAGUCUCAGACUUAAUGUACUUGCAAAAAAAAUGAUGCAGUUCUUUGAGAAGGGCGAAGAAAAAGAGGAUACUUGUGUUUUUUAUGUGUUCUUUUCUUUUCUUCUUUUAGUUAUUUAAAGAUAGAAGUAAAAAAUGGUUAUGCAGACUUAUUGGUGACUGAAAGUCCAUAAAAAAACAAACAAAUCAAAAUCAGAGUGUAAGAGUUCACAGCACCAAGGUGCAACAGAGCUUUUUGCUUAAUUCCUCUAAUAUGUUGACCAAGUCCUAGUUGCCCCUUUUCCAGAUCUUCACUCGUGAUUUACUAAACGGCCUGCUACAACUUUCUAAAACCAAAAUGCCUUCGGUUUAGCCUUGUGUAAUUUGGUCCUUGGUUGCUGUCUAGAAUUUGUAAAAUGUUCCUGAAUUCUGCUUGUUGGAUUUAUUUUCUGGCGAAGUGACUUUGAUAAAGGCUCUAUAUUUUUCUACAGCUCUUCAUCAUGUCGGGAUGCACAUAUAUCUGUGUGCUUACAGUUUUUUUACAUGACUCUUUGUUUUAUAUGAAAGGCCGUCUGGACAGAAUGACAUCUUCCGACUCUGAUGUGACAACAUGGAUCUUCAGGCUUUCCGUUGCAGUAUUACACCUCCACUGUUAUCAGACCUCGGUAGUCGAGGCUCAACAUGCCGUAUACCUGUUUUUACCUCGCGCCUUUAUUUCAGCUGGAGAACCUUCAACCAAACAUGCUGUUCACUCCUCCUGUCUCUCCAGCUCAGCUCCCAGUAGGUGUAGAGUGAACCUUUGAAGAGGGCCUAUUGCUAUCCUUGAUUUUUAUACAGACUUUAUAUGCAAAAUGGCUGCCGAAGCAAUUUCUUUAAAUCCCCGCUGUAUGGACUUGAACUGUGCAGUUGAGUCACUGCUGACCUCAAGACGUUUGUACUCGAGAGACACAUCGAAAGGAACGUUUUUCUCUUUCAUUCAUAUGAACUGAAGGGCCAGUGUCGCUGUGAGUGUCAGUGUGUGUGUACAAAUCUUCCGUUUGUGUUUUGCACUUGAAAAGAGGAACGGUGUUACUGUGCAUAUGAAAACCUCUUGGGAACACUGUAUAUCUGUGCAUUGGUUAUUUGUGGGAACUUAAUUCUUCUCGUUUGUAUUUUAUUGCUCAUUUUUAAACAUUGUUAUUUCCUGUACCAAAUACUGAAUUUAAGGAUAUUGAUUCAUAGGAAUGAUGGGAUAACUCAAGAAAAAAGCAGACCACCUCCCUCCUUCCUGACGGGGGUAAGAACUCUUCAGGUACGACUAUCAUAGUAAUGCUGUGCUGUUUCGCCUUCCCGCCUCCUCCAGAGACCCAGAAACUCAUGUUAUCUAACCUGUGACGCUCUUCUGUCGCCUCCUUCCCUUUUCAUAAUGGAUUGUUUCUCUUAACCAAAUGUAAUAUUUUCAUAUUGUAAUAACUUGUCCUUGUAUUUAGACGACAUUUUUACCUUCAUGUAUGACUAUACUCUUCAUAAUUCUUUGAGGUGCACUGUGACAAAUACAAUGCUGCUAUAUCACAAAGACUUCUAUUCUGUACGUCACAUUUAGCGGAUGCCGAACGCUAAAGGUGGCUGAUACAAAGUGGGCCUGAAAACAGAGGCCCCGCUUAUGUCAUUUGAAUUCAAUCCAGGCUUCAUUGUGCUGCCUCGGUGCGGUGUAUUAAUCUCAGAGUGACUUUGUGCACAAACGUAGGAUCUGUAGCUGUUCCUGUUGGUCUUCCUUUACAAGCAUGAUAGAAAGGAAAGAGAGAGUAGCAGUAAAGUCUUUCUAAAAGCCCGUCUCACUUCUCACUGUGUUUAAAUAAAACUGUGACAAUGCUUUUCUUUUUUUUCUUUUUUUUUGGCAAAGGUGUUCAUUUUGACAGAAAUCUUGCCUAGGUUCAAUGAUACACUGAAUAUAGUUGUGUUUUUAAAAAAAAGUCCAAACAGACAGUUCAACUAUUUGACACUUCUGGUGAUCCGAGACUCCGUUGUAUUAUCAGCAAAAUAUGGGAAGCAGAACAUUUAAAAUUGCAAAAUUCUGCUAGAUGCAUAAUUGUAUCGCAUAUUGCAAAGUGCAGGUGGACAGUAAACACUGUGGUGCUGGCAUGUGCAGCAGAUUUACAUUUAUGAUUUGAAAUCAAAUGUUCAUGAAGGGGACAGAAAUCACAGAUUUAAACACAAAUCAGAAAACUGUUUUUUUUAACCAUGCUGCUGGCUUGGAUCUCAGGAUCGGUGGUUUUCCACUGCAGGAACAAAUUGGUACAAAUGUUUACAAGAAUGGUCUGAAUCGUCUCUUUCUGCGUUUGCGUUUCCAUUGUGGUGAAGGAUCCAACAGCUUUGACUGCAACAUUAACUCAGAGUACACACAAAUAGUAGUUACUGGGUGUAACUAUAGCUCUAAGUAGGAAAUAGAACAAUGGCAUUAAUCUAUUUGAUGACAUAAACGUAGUUGCCAUCGCCGUCAGUGUUAAAGAGAACAUUGUAUUUUUUGAGGACAGCAGAACAACAGUUUUUCAGAGCUACUCAAAAGUGCCAACGCUGAAGGAGGUACUUUUUUUAUCCCAAAAACAACCCUGAAAGAGCUUCUAUGAGGACGUUUUCUGUGGUUGUAACACACAAAAAUUCAGGUUGCCCUUAAACAGCCCGCGAGUUCCUGCAGUGGAAAAGCCUAAUGUUGGUCCCCAGAGGAUGAACUGUCACGAUCUUUGAUGAUCCUCGAUUUUUCAUUUAGUACUACUCUGAAGUUGGCAUUUGUUACUCCAACAAAAAUGUCUUGACAGCUGCUAUUGAGUUAUUUGCCAUUAGAUUUGGUACAGAUUGUCAAAGUCCUGUACAGAAAAAAAUUAUUGACUUUCCUCUGACUUUUUCUCCAGCACCACCAGUAGCUGAAACCACUUAUUGGGUAAAAUAUCUUAACAGCUCCGGGAUGAAUCGCUAUGAAAUUUGUUACAAUUAGAAUCUGCUGUAGCACCAUUUAAGCAAAUUUCAGUUUAAGUUGGACAGGUUAAGAUGCUGGCAUUAGCAUUUAGUUCAUAGCAAAUGCUUCCGUUGCUAGGAGGUCUGAGGACACUUAGUCUUGUUUUAGACAUGCAAACACUCACAAAUGUAAAACAACAACAAUAACAACAACAACAAAAAACCUGCAAAAACAGAGCUACAGUUAGUCUUUGAUAAAUAAACUGUACUGUGCAUAUUAACUUUAGUGUCCAAAUCUGCAUGUUUCAGUUGCAAGAUUUUAGUUGAUUUUAGCUCCACGAGAUAAAACUAUUUAUGAUAGUUGUUUCUUAACCAGUUAAGCUGGUAAAAAUGUCUCCAAAGUACUUCAUUAGUAUGAAUGACAUUUAUAGAAAUCUAUAUAGAAUAUCAUUAUUGUCAUUAUUGUCAUUAUCAACUAAUCUGCAGAUACUUUUCAAGGUUAAACAAUCGUUUGGUGAAUUAAAUGUAAAAAAAAAAAAAAGAAAUAUAAAUAAAAAAUCUGACAUUAACUAUUUAGAAUCCAAAAUAAUGUCUUUAAAAUGUGUUUGUUUAUCUGAUCAAAAGUAAAAAACACAAAAGAAUUUAGGCUCAUUAAUAUAAAUAACAACAAUAAGCAGCAAAUCCUGCCAUUUACAAAAGUAUAACCUAAAAAAACGUGUAGAAUUGUUCACUUAUUUUAACCUGAAAAAUAAUUAAAAUUGAUGGCACAUCAAAAUACUGGCUGAUUGUAAACAGUUUCAGCUCUAUACAGUAAGUAUAAGUGAUCUCAUGAAGUUAGAAUUCCAGAUCCACAGACUGGAGAAGGAUUCAUUAGCUGCCUUUCGCCUUGCAUACUGUGUUUUCUUUUGAGGUAAACUGCCUGAGGCUUACGGAAACUUGCAUUUAGAAUAUGUUUUGAACUAUUUUAAUUUGCAUCCUUACACAACAAAAUAUAUUCUUAGCAUACAUGUGCUUUGGGUUUAUUAACUUCAAGAAUCUUGAGUAGAUCUCAGAGAUAGUCCAAAAAAAUGCAUCUAUGAAUCAUAGUGUAGCACAAAAUAAUAUGCAAAAAGUCAAGUGGAAUUACACUGAAAUACUCUUCAGAGAAUCUGUAGGUAGCAAGUCAGCCAGUGUCAAGAUUUUCUCCGAUAUACACAGGCUUUUCACCCAUCCCCAGAGAGAAAUGAAGCUCAGAGGUUUGAGGUUUAGAAAGGUACAGAAGGUUCUGACAUGUAAAUGUAAAUGUGGAUGUAAAGAACAAGAGAAGUGAUUUUUGGUUGAGAUGUGACUAUUUUGUUAGCAUGACAUCAAACUCCGAUCCAGGCAGAACAGUUUGGCCAGAAAUAGGCACACUAGCUGCAUAAAGAGGCUCACAAAACAGCGUGUUUCAUAGAAGUGCUCUCUGGACAGUAGCUGCUGAUGAGCUCGGUUCAUGCAUUCGCUUCCAUUUCUGCCAUGUUUGAUUAGCAGCAGCUCUGAUUAAACUGGUUCCUGUGUUGGUGACAUGACUGAAGAUUUCCCAUCAAGCGAUUUAACUGCUGUCUUAUCUCUUUUGUUGGUUAUAGCUGAAUAUGACAAUGUUACCAUUAUAGCAUCCUAAAGUGUGCAGUACAAAACCUGAUGGCUGGAUUGUGAAGUUGUUCUCCAUGUUAAUUUCUAGUAAACACACUGGAACUGGCUCUUUUAAUAAAAAAUCAUUGAGAAGUAAAA